GAUCAACCCUAGCUCGCUGAUUCUCAUCGCCUUUCACAACCAGUACCAGAACCGGUAAUUGGCCGCUCAAGAGCUGGUAGUGCUGGCCUUACGAGAGUGCAGAAACUUGCGGGCUCGUAGGGUAUCAUCUGAAAGGUUUUCAGGCAACGCUUCGGUGGUGAUAGCUCUCCUGAGAAGGUACUGCGGGGCCAUAGUGCAGAUGUUGCCGCGAGAUUUUGCUGUGUAGUGCCGGUAUGCCCCAGACCAGGAACUGUACUGGUAUGAUGCUCGUGCUCUGCAGUCAUCUGUGCGAGUGCCAGAGGGUGGUUAUUCCCGCAAGAUAUGGGUUAUUUGUGGAUCAAUCGGGAGUGACUGUGCACUAGCUUAAUCAUGGCACUUGCACGGCGCAUCUGCUGGCCUAGCGAUUAACUGUGAGUCACGAUUAAAUUUCAUUGCUGGGUUUUUCUCGGGUUUGCCACGGACUACUCAUAGAUGGAUUGCAUUAGGUCCGGCCAAUAAUAUCUAUGGUAUCAUACGGUACUCUACCGGUAUGCCCUGGUAGCUCAUCUCUACCGGUAUUUACACACGGUACUUUGUGGUACUGGUAUGCUGUGCAACUACCGAUGGCCGUGCUCAGGUGUGCGCGGUGCGGUUCUGCACAGCCCACAUCAAUGGGGCUCCUCUUCAACAUCAGCGCACCGCGAUUUCUCUCUCUUAUUUGUACCCCGCCUUCCACUUCUCGAUACAGGUAUCGUCUGAGAGGAUACUGUACUUUUUUCUUUAUCUCCCCGUCACCUCUAUUCAAGCGUUUAUCUCUAGUUUUCGCAUAUCGAACCCCUCUCCUGGAUUACGAGCCAACGAAAAUAGCCGACAUGAGCUCGAGCUCCCCUCCACAAAAUAAUCCCACCCUAACCCUGCUCGUGGAACCCGACGGUGUUGGCGAUCCGGAGAAGCACAGCGUGGAGUAUAUCACCCCUCCUCGAACCCUUUCGCGAGAUUGCUGCUAAACGAGAUAGUGUGGUUGUGGUUCACGGAUUGAAUGGGGAUUACAAGAAAACCUGGGCGGAUGGUGAGGGACCGCCGUGGAUCUCCACCGCUCUCCCGAAGGCUGUGCCCAAGGCGAGGGUUAUGUCGUUCGAUUACAACGCAACUCCAGAGUCUGAAACCGGGCUUGUUAAUCCGGAGGGCCUUCGUCGAGUUGCCUAUGAACUACUUUCACAGAUAAAGGGGCUCCGACAAUAUCCAAACGUGUUUGACGAGGUUUGCCAGACGCCACUCGAUUCGGAAAAGAUGGAGGGUGUCUAAUGACGGUAUCUGCAGAACGUUCCUAUCAUCUUUAUUGGGCAUUGUCUCGGCGGCGUUUUGAUCCAGGAGGUGAGUAUCUUUAAUUGUCACCAUAUCAACGGGAUAAUGGCUUGGUCCUAAUCUGAAUCAGCUACUUUGGGUCGCGAACCACGACAUGGACUACUUAAGAAUCGCCGCUCGUACAAGGCUGUUAGUGAGUGAAAUAUGGGGAGGGGUCCUUUAUCCAUGAUGGCUUACUUGUUUAUAGGUGCUUUUCGGCACUCCGGAAGCGUCGGGGAAGGAAUGGGAAGACGUGGUCCUAAAUAUCACCCUGGCAACCACCGAAUCUGAAGAUGGUAUUCCCCCGCAACGCGAUAUCAUGAAGAAGGCUCUCGCACAUGCUUCGCCCUCCCUAAUAACAACGACUGAGCGGUUUCGAACCUUUGGCGGUCAGUAUGAGGUUCUUGCUAUCAGCGAAGGGAAGCCCGUCCCGGGCUUGGGUUAUAUAGUCAGUUAAUGCUCUGGCGGAAGGAGAGCGCUCUUUGAUUCUGACUGCUUUUUAGGGUACCGAUUUUUUCCCCCGGCUGGGCGCACGUAGAGAGUGGUAUACUACCCUGAGGCGCAACGAGGAUUACAGGAAACUUUCACGAUUCACUAAAGAGGACGACCCAGUGCUUGUGGAAAUAUGUAAAAAGGUUGGAUCUGUGGCGGGAGAGUCUUGCCAAGGUGGGUUUUCUCCCUAGGCUGUUUUCUUGGUUUGGUAUAGUGACUGGUGGCCUAUAGAUAACCAGAUCGAAUAUCUGGAGAGUCGACUGACCAUGGCGACACUGUAUCCUGAACUUCACAAGGGCCCUGUGCUGCGACAGGAGCCCUUGAUCUCUUGCUCAUCCUGGGCUUCGGAACUGCUGAGUAUUUCGUCUCCCGUGAUUCAGAUUUCUGGUCGGCCCGGGAGUGGAAAAACCGUCCUUGCAGCCCAGAUUGCGGAACAGGCGAGUGAUAAUGGCGCGUUUGUACUUUCGUUCUAUUUCAGUCAACAUGACAAACGGCGCAGUACUUCAAAUGAUCUGUAUUUGUCCUUCCUAGGACAGCUGCUUUUCAAGGAACGGUCGGUUAGUCUAAACAAGUAUGUGCGUAGUCUAUAUGAAACAAUCUCACCGCAUCCCACGCGGACCCCAGAGAGUUUGUGGGGGCUGCUCAGGGCUAUGUUUGCAUCAGUUCCUUGCGAUCGGAGAUUUGUGGCAGUCAUUGACGCCAUUGACGAAUGUGAUGAAACAAGAGACCAGGUGCUCGGAUACAUUGGUGUGCUUAAAGACCAAAUCAAAACAAAUAUCCAAUUUAUCGUUACCAGCCGUGAGAUCGAUAAGGCGCUCUCUGAGCGGUAUCCGGCGGGCACUAUCGAUUUGGAUGCGGCAGCUGGUACGAAAACCGGGAAAGAGCAGUUUGUGGAGCAAGAGGUCAAACGAAUGGGUGUUGAAAAGAGAGCGGUGGAGCUUCGUUCCCUAGAUGCUACCUUCCGGGAGAUCGAGCUAAACAUUGCUAUACUAAGGAAUUCGCCUUCCGCCCCCUUGGAGUCGGGGUACCCUCAGCUAUACGAUCGCCUCAUUCGCAGCUUGGCUAUUCCGGAGGAGUAUCGCCGUUGGUGUAGCAGGGCAAUUUCGUGGGUUUUGUUUGCCGUUCGACCGUUGACAGUAAAUGAGCUUGCAGUAGCCAUAGCCGUGGACUUUGAUACCGAUUCCAGUUCAAUAGAUGAGAUCAUCAAGAAUUGCCCCGAAUCGAGCCUGGGCUUAUUCCGCUAUAUCGAUCCCCUGAUCACAAUACAUGAUGAUGAAGUGCACCUCACUGACCGCAACUUGAAAGAUUUCCUCCUCAGUUGCGGCAGUCAUUCGACGGAAUACGGGCCGCUGUUUGAUUUGUCGGAGCCGGAAACCGUCCACGAACGAAUGGGAGCCGUCUGUGUUCGCUAUAUGCAAUUGGUUUUUGAGGGGUUUGAAGGGCAAUCAUUCGAAGAGAAAUACUCCCGCGUCUUCCCCAAACUUUGGCCUCAGCACUACCUCCGGCGGAUCAAGAAACUCGAUUUUCUUCAGUAUGCGGCGAUGAAUUGGGCGACGCAUGUUGAGAAGGCGCCAGCCGAGGCAGAAGGGCUCCACGACCAGGUUCUUUCCUUUCUGGAAGAUAAUACGGCCAUGAAUCACUUUGCAAGGGUCUACUCAACCUUUAGAGUGCCGCUUCAAAUGAAUGAGGCUUUGGCAAUUAGGUCCGCCAUAGAUUCAAACGUGAACACCGAAUCUCCCUUGGAGAUACUGUCGUAUCUCGGAGUAUCGAGAAUUCUCGAGAAUCUCUUGGAGACAAACACUUCCUCGAUAGACGAUCUUAAUGCGGCCUUAAACCUGGCUGUCCAUGAGGGGCAUGAAGGCGCCCUACUGAAGAUAAUAGAGUCGUGUCUCAAACGGCCUAAACCGGACGACUCACCCCAACCAGGACAUGCAAUGUUUCCUACGGCCCUGGAGAGAGCGUGCCGUCGUGGUUAUUUCUCGGUGAUGGAAAAAUUGCUUAAUCUCGCGAAAGAGCAUGAGCUCGAUAACUUGGAGCUAGAUAAUCUUAUUCGUACAGCGGCAGAGUAUGGGCACACAAGGAUUGUUCACCUGCUCAUUGAGACAGGAUGUAACGUUAAUCCUGCCACCUCCGGUUAUCAGAAAACGCCUAUGGCCCUAGCAGCCAAGGGAGGAUACGAUCUGAGCAUUAUAGAGUUACUGAAUGGGAAGGCUAACGUAGAGGGUGCCGAUGUAUCACCGCUGCAAUGUGCUGCCGGCUCUGGCCACCUUAUCGCUCUCAAGGUACUUUUAGAUGUUGGAAAGUGUAUGGUUGAUGCGAAGGACAGUUUAGGCCGGACGGCUCUCUCGCUUGCUGCGGAGGAGGGCCAUUCGGAAACGAUCCAGGAAUUACUCGACAGGGGAGCUGAUAAAGAGACAACUAGCAAGAGAUGGCUUUUCACCCCACUACACUUUGCUGCAUGGAGUAUGUUCCCUCACGUAUUGUUUUAGCAUGAGUUGCCUAACUUUUUAGAUGGAAAAACUGAAGCGGUAACGACGCUUAUCGGUGCGAAUGUCAAACUAUCCCCCCGCGAUGACGAAGGCUUUACACCUCUUGCCCUUGCUUGUUAUGUCAAUAGACUGGACUCCGUGAAGCUCUUACUUGAAGCAGGAGCAGAUGCUGAAGUUCCUGUGACAAACAGGGGGUGGCGAAGGGCUCUCCAUUUCGCAGUGGGUGAGGGUUCGGUCAGGGUAAUACGCGCACUACUCGAGGCGGGAGUGUCAGAGGACCCGGUGACAAAGCCGGAUAACGAAACCCCUUUGCAUAUCGCUUCGGCACAGGUCGCAACGGAAGCGCUUGAGAUUGUCAAGGAGUUGCUUGAGUAUGGGGCAGAUGUUAACAGGAGGCGCUCUGUCGUAGAUAGCGAUGGAGCUUCCCCGCUUCAUAUUGCUGCACGCACGGGAGAUCUUGCUAUUGUGGAAAUUCUUCUUAAGGCUGGUGCUGAUUUCGCUAGCUUGGACAAGGACGGGAAAACCCCGUUUCAAAUUUCCAUGGAGAGUGGUACAUCUACGGAAGAAGUGUCGAACUUGCUCGCGGACUCGUUUCUAAAUAGCAAGAAGUUUGACCUAUCUCAACUAGCCGACCAGGGGAAAUCGUUAUUCGCCGCUGCCAUAUCGGGUCAUAAACCCGGCGCUCUAAAGCGUCUCCUUGCCAAGGGUAUUAAGCCUGAUAUAGUUGGGGGAUAUCCUGAAUUACGGACCUGCAUCAAGAAUGCAGUCUCGAAGCAGGAUACUUCAGUAUUUUGGACUCUGUUAAACUAUGAUUCUAAGAUAUUUGUAAACGAGGUGGACGCCGAUGGGUGCUCGUUGCUGUUCCACGCGGUUGCAUUGGGCCCUCCUGCCGCUAAUGUUGUGCGGCUUUUGCUUGCAUCCGGCUGCGAUCCUUCCCUUCCCGAUAAAUAUGGGCGGGUACCGCUCGAUGUUGCCCAUUGGCCAACGAUCCGAAGUAUACUCGCAGACCCCAAAAUCCCGGACCCUGAGGAUGUAUGCCCACUGUUCACUGACAAGGAGGAAAAUUAUUGGACAUGGUUCAACUGUGACGUUUGCCGAGUGCGCAGGAAUGAGAAGAUUUUUUUCCGUAUGCAUCACUCCUGCCCCUUAGGUCUGUUUUCGCUUGGGGAAAGACUAAUAGUAUGAAGAUUGCUGUAUAUGUAGCGAUAGCUGUACUGGCAGCCGAACUUUUGAUUGGUGCGAAAAUUGUUAUUCUACCUCGGAAUGCAAACAACUGGGUCACAAGGCUCAUGCUCGAUUUCUCGGCGGGACGAUGCUCUCGUUUGAAGAGUGGACACCGCAUAUUCGGGAUUUCGAGCUGCCUGGCGAGGGGGAGGCACCGGCGGAAGAGGUUAUUGUGGUAGUAGACGCGGCAGCUGCGGCUCCGGAGGGCGCUGCGGAAGGUGCUGCGGAUGGAGCGGCUGAUGGAGCGGCUGAUGGAGCGGCUGAUGGAGCGGCUGAUGGAGCGGUGGAUGGAGCGGUGGAUGGAGCGGUGGAUGGAGCGGUGGAUGGAACGGUGGAUGGAGCGGUAGCUGAAGAAGCGGCAGGAGCGGCAGUUGAAGGUGUGCCUCAAGCACCUGGGGAGGCACCAACGGAAGGAGUCGGAGAGAUAGGGGGUGGUGCUGCAAAUGAGGGUACCUCCGAUCCAGCGCAGGGCGGACAGCAGGGCGUUAGCGGGAAUGCGGUGCCGGACGGUGCGACGACAGGCACUGCUGAUGCCAGUGCUAACGCCGGUGCACCCAAUUCCGUUGAGAACAUGCCAACGUCUGCGACGGUGCCAGGGAGUGCCUGA